CAACUUGGCCACCCGACCGCAGGACGUGGAGACGACGAUUCCUGCCAAAUGGCCAAGGCUUUGAGGAUAGGGACCGUGAGUAAUGCUGCUGUCGCCUGUGGCUAGGUCGAGGACUGUGCUUUCCUCGCACGUUCUGCUUUCGAAGACCCGCGGCUGGAGGACACAGGGCCCGGGCCACUGCUGUGACCGCCCACGCCCAGCUCGCUUCUCCACGUCCGCCACCGCGCUGUCCCUUGACGGGAAGGGUGUCUCUGCCUAUCCACUUGAUCUGGGUGCUCUUACCAGUUUUGUAAGACUUUAGGAACUCUUGACUAGCUUUCAGAUCUCGUGUUAACUAAUUGACUGACAAAUCCUUGAGGCUCUGCAGUGUUGUUCUGGAUGGGGAACAGCACGUCAUCUUUGGGGAAGCCACCAACUACUCCUGCGAAUCAGAUCCAAGAAACAAUUUCUGAUAAUUGUGUGGUGAUUUUCUCAAAAACAUCCUGUUCUUACUGUACAAUGGCAAAAAAGCUUUUCCAUGACAUGAAUAUUAAUUAUAAAGUGGUAGAAUUGGACAUGCUUGAAUAUGGAGGCCAGUUUCAAGAUGCUCUUUACAAAAUGACUGGUGAAAGAACUGUUCCAAGAAUAUUUGUCAAUGGAACUUUUAUUGGUGGUGCAACUGACACUCAUAGGCUUCAUAAAGAAGGGAAAUUGCUUCCACUAGUUCAUCAGUGCUAUUUGAAAAAAAGUAAGAAGAAAGAACUUCAGUGACGUACGUACUCAUAACUUUGGCAGUAAAAUGUCAGUUAUUUAAAGUGAUAAUGCCUUUUAAAUGUUUGAGGAUGUUUUAAAUAUGUGAAUUAUCUUCAUAAAGAAGAUGUAAACACAAUGAACAAUAAAUUGCAGUUGAAACCUCUU